CUCCCCCGCCCGGCCGACCCCGGCGCUCAUGCGGACCGAGCCCCGCCCCCCGGCCGAGCCCGCCGCCCGAGCCCGCGUCUGAGCCCCCGCCGCGCGCCCGCCCGCCCGCCCGCACCAUGCUCAAGUGCAUCCCGCUGUGGCGCUGCAACCGGCACGUGGAGUCGGUGGACAAGCGGCACUGCUCGCUGCAGGCCGUGCCCGAGGAGAUCUACCGCUACAGCCGCAGCCUGGAGGAGCUGCUGCUCGACGCCAACCAGCUGCGCGAGCUGCCCAAGCCCUUCUUCCGACUGCUGAACCUGCGCAAGCUGGGCCUGAGUGACAACGAGAUCCAGCGGCUGCCCCCCGAGGUGGCCAACUUCAUGCAGCUCGUGGAGCUCGACGUGUCCCGGAACGACAUCCCCGAGAUUCCCGAGAGCAUCAAGUUCUGCAAAGCUCUGGAGAUCGCGGACUUCAGCGGGAACCCCUUGUCCAGGCUCCCCGAAGGCUUCACUCAGCUCCGCAGUUUGGCUCACCUGGCACUGAAUGACGUGUCCCUACAAGCGCUGCCCGGGGACGUGGGCAACCUCGCCAAUCUGGUGACCCUGGAGCUCCGGGAGAACCUGCUGAAGUCCUUGCCUGCGUCUCUGUCCUUCCUGGUCAAGCUGGAGCAGCUGGAUCUGGGCGGCAACGAGCUGGAAGUACUGCCUGACACCCUCGGGGCUUUGCCCAAUCUCCGUGAGCUGUGGCUGGACCGGAACCAGUUGUCAGCACUGCCCCCGGAGCUGGGGAACCUGCGGCGCCUGGUGUGCCUGGAUGUGUCGGAGAACCGGCUGGAGGAGCUGCCGGCGGAGCUGGGCGGGCUGCUGCUGCUCACGGACCUGCUGCUAUCCCAGAACCUGCUGCAGCGGCUUCCCGACGGCAUCGGUCAGCUGAAGCAGCUGUCCAUCCUGAAGGUGGACCAGAACCGGCUGUGCGAGGUGACCGAGGCUAUCGGUGACUGCGAGAACCUGUCCGAGCUCGUUCUCACGGAGAACCUGCUGACGGCCCUGCCUCGCUCACUGGGGAAGCUGACCAAGCUGACCAACCUCAACGCGGACCGCAACCGCCUCGAGGCGCUGCCGCCGGAGAUCGGAGGCUGCGCGGCGCUCAGCGUUCUCUCCCUGAGGGACAACCGCCUGGCUGCCCUGCCGCCCGAGCUCGCCCACACGGCGGAGUUGCACGUGCUGGACGUGGCCGGGAACCGGCUGCGGAGUCUGCCGUUCGCGCUCACGCACCUCAACCUCAAGGCCCUCUGGCUGGCCGAGAACCAGGCCCAGCCGAUGCUCCGGUUCCAGACCGAGGACGACGCUCAGACCGGCGAGAAGGUGCUCACGUGUUACCUGUUGCCCCAACAGCCCCCGCCCAGCCUCGAGGACCCGGGGCAGCAGAGCAGCCCCUCGGAGAGCCGGAGCGACGUCCCGCCCAGCCGCGUCAGCGUCAUCCAGUUUCUGGAGGUCCCCGCGUGCGGUGAUGACGCCGAGGGAGCUGCUGCCGAGAAGCGGGGCCUGCAGCGCCGAGCCACGCCUCACCCCAGCGAGCUGAAGGUGCUGAAGAGGGGCGUGGAGGAGCGCCGAGAAGCCCGCUCCCGCCGGCCCGAGUCCGGCCCGCCCUCGCCCCUGGAGGAGGACAAGAGGCUGAGUACCGAGUCCGGUGUGAGCGAGGACUCACAGCCAUCCGCCGGCACAGCCUCCCAGGGAGAGCCCGAGGGCCCAAGCCUGCAGGAAGCCGCCCCCGGCCCCCAGGAGGAGGCCGCAGAGGAGAGUUACGAAGAGCCCACGGUGCGCUUUGCGGAGGACACGCUGCUGCUGCCUCCCGCGGAGGACGGUGAGAGCGAGGCGGCGCCCUGGCCCCUGCCUGGCGGGAGACAGCGCCUCAUCCGCAAGGACACGCCUCACUACAAGAAGCAUUUCAAGAUUUCCAAGCUGCCCCAGCCCGAGGCCGUCGUGGCCUUGCUGCAGGGGGCGCAGCCUGAUGGUGAAGGCCUCGGAGCGCCCUCGGGCUGGCACAACGGGCCCCACACGCCUUGGGCUCCGAGGGCAGAGGAGGAGGAAGAGGAGGAAGAGGAGGAGCCCGAGGAGGAGGAGGAGGAGGCCGUGGAGGCCGAGCCGGAGGAGGAGGAGGAGCAGGCGGCGACCCUGGUGCCCGCACCCUCUGUGAAGGGGGUGUCGUUCGACCCGGCCAAUAACCUGCUGAUAGAGCCUGCGCGCAUUGAGGAGGAGGAGCUGACGCUCACCAUCGUGCGGCAGACGGGGGGCCUGGGUAUCAGCAUCGCCGGCGGCAGGGGCUCUACACCCUACAAGGGGGGUGACGAGGGCGUGUUCAUCUCCCGGGUGUCCGAAGAGGGCCCUGCAGCCCGGGCCGGGGUCCGAGUGGGUGACAAGCUCCUCGAGGUGAACGGUGUGGCCCUGCACAGCGCCGAGCACCACCAGGCUGUGGAGGCCCUCCGGGGCGCGGGCAGCACCGUGCGAAUGCGGCUGUGGCGCGAACGCAUGGUCGAGCCCGAGAACGCCGUCACUGUCACGCCUCUGCGGCCUGAGGACGACUACAGCCCCCGGGAGUGGCGGGGAGCCGGCCUGCGCCUGCCCCUGCUCCAGCCGGAGUCUGCUGGGGCCCCCCGCCAGCGCCACGUGGCCUGCCUCGUGCGCAGCGAGAAGGGGCUGGGCUUCAGCAUCGCCGGCGGGAAGGGCUCCACGCCUUACCGGGCCGGUGACGGGGGCAUCUUCAUCUCCCGCAUCGCAGAGGGGGGCGCUGCCCACCGGGCGGGCACUCUGCAGGUCGGAGACCGUGUCCUCUCGAUCAACGGGGUGGACAUGACUGAGGCCAGGCACGACCACGCCGUCUCCCUGCUGACCGCCGCUUCCCCCACCAUCGCCCUACUGCUGGAGCGGGAGGCCGGGGGGCCCCUUCUUCCCAGCCCUCUGCCACACUCCCCCCCGCCCCCCAUUCCAGCCACCACCGCCGUGGUCACUGCCACCCCUGGGGAGUCCGGGCUGCUGAGGCUGGCCCCUGGCCUGCCAGCUGCUGCCUCAGAGGGGCCGUACCCGGUGGAGGAGAUCUGCCUGCCGAGAGCCGGGGGCCCCCUGGGACUCAGCAUCGUUGGGGGCUCCGAUCACUCCAGCCACCCGUUUGGUAUCCAGGAGCCUGGCGUCUUCAUCUCCAAGGUGCUCCCCCGGGGCCUGGCUGCGCGCAGCGGCCUUCGGGUUGGGGACCGCAUCCUGGCAGUGAACGGGCAGGACAUUCGGGAGGCCACGCACCAGGAGGCUGUCAGUGCCCUGCUUCGGCCCUGCCUGGAGCUGGUCCUGCUCGUGAGGAGGGACCCACCACCCCCAGGCAUGCGGGAACUCUGUAUCCAGAAGGCCCCUGGGGAGAAGCUGGGCAUCAGCAUUCGAGGGGGCGCCAAGGGCCAUGCAGGGAACCCCUGUGACCCCACAGACGAGGGCAUCUUCAUUUCCAAGGUGAGCCCCACAGGAGCGGCCGGGCGCGACGGCCGGCUGCGGGUUGGGCUGCGGCUGCUGGAGGUGAACCAGCAGAGCCUGCUCGGCCUGACCCACGGCGAGGCAGUGCAGCUGCUGCGGGGCGUCGGCGACACCCUCACCGUGCUCGUCUGCGACGGCUUCGACGCCAGCCCCGCGGUCCCGGCCGAGCUCUUUCCAAGUAACGUGAUCCUAACUAACGAUUCAAAGUGCAGUAGCAACGUUACCGCUAAGGAGGCCUCUGAGAGCGAGGUGUCCCCAGGUGUCAUUGCCAACCCCUUCGCAGCAGGCCUCGGCCGCCGGAACAGUCUGGAAAGCAUCUCCUCCAUCGACCGUGAGCUGAGCCCCGAGGGCUCCACGAAGGAGAAGGAGCUGCCGGGACAGACGCCACCGUGGGGACUGGAGGCCAUGGGCCUGAGCUCGGAGAGCCUCAAGCUGGACUACCGCACUCUCGCCGCCGUCCCCGGCGCCGGCAGCGUGCAGAGGGUACAAUCUGGGGCGACAGGAGGGAAGACGACGGAGAGCCGCUGCUCCCCCAGCUGCCAGCAGCCCCCAGCCCCACCCUCCCCCGAUGCACUGCCCACCAACGUGAAGCAGGCCUACAGGACCUUCGCCGCUGUGCCUGGCCCGCACCCACUGCAGGACACCCCCACCCAGCCCCCCACUCCCGGGACCACGGCCUCCCCGGAGCAGCUGUCUUUCCGUGAGCGGCAGAAGUACUUUGAGCUGGAGGUGCGGGUGCCCCAGGCUGAGGGGCCCCCGAAGCGCGUGUCCCUGGUGGGUGCCGACGACCUGCGUAAGAUGCAGGAGGAGGAAGCCCGGAAGCUGCAGCAGAAGCGGGCGCAGCUGCUGCGGGAGGCCGAGGCGGCCGAGGCCGGGGGGCUCGCCCUGGACCCGGAUGGGGAGGAGCAGGAGGAGCCGGCGACCUGGGCCAGCCCUGCGGCAGGGCUCAGCCCCUCGUCCCCCCAGCCUCCCGGAGGCAGCGCCCCGGUGCGCACGGCCAAAGCCGAGCGCCGCCAGCAGGAGCGGCUCCGCGUUCAGAGCCCGGAGCUGUCCAUGCAGGUGCCCGAUCGGGCUCUGUCCCCUGCCGAGCGGCGAGCCCUGGAGGCCGAGAAGCGUGCGCUCUGGAGGGCAGCGAGAAUGAAGUCCCUGGAGCAGGACGCCGUCCGCGCGCAGAUGGUUCUCAGCAAGUCCCAGGAGGGCCGGAGCAGGCGCGGGCCCCUGGAGCGGCUGGCCGAGGCCCCCUCGCCUGCUCCCACCCCGUCACCCACCCCCGUAGAAGACCUUGGGCCCCAGACCAGCAGCUCCCCUGGACGUCUGGCCUUGUCUGGGAGGAAGUUUGACUACAGGGUGUUCGCAGCCCUCCCUUCUUCCAGACCUGUCCAUGACCUGCAGUCCCCAGACUUUGCUGAGGAGCUGAGGUCCUUGGAACCGUCUCCCAGCCCUGGCCUACAGGAGGAGGAUGGAGAAGUGGCCGUGGUGCUCCUGGGCAGACCCUCGCCGGCCACCGCAGGCCCCGAGGAGGUGACACUGUGCAGCAGCCGGCGGCCCGUGAGGCCUGGACGCCGUGGCCUGGGCCCUGUGCCCUCCUAGAGGCUCCUGGUGCCUCCUCUCGACUUGGGGAGGGCCCUGCCAGCCGCACCGCCACCCUGACCCCGAGUCUUUUAACCUGGGUGUUAGCGUUUUCAAGAGACCCGGCGGGAGUUCCGGCCGCUGACUAACCGCCCCUCCCUGCCGGGACUCGUCGGCAAGACUGUAACUAGUGACGUUUGUACAACCAAAGACUCUAUUUUGUGGUUUAAGAGGAAUAAAAUUGACUACAUUUUA